AUGCGUAAAUGGAACGCAAAUACUCCUCCAACUGUGCAGGAAGCGGUGAGGGAAUUAACUGUGCUCUUCCAGCAUGAACGACUGGAGGCAGAACUUCAGCCAGACCGGCCCGUGACGUCAUCCAGCAGGGGGCGGGCACGAAUCCUCCUCUUCAACCUUGUCCCGGCUCCGGCCUUCCAGGCGCCUUCGGCUUUGCCGGUAUCAGUAAGAAGCUGCAGCAGCUCCUGGUCCAGUGACGGCGUUCUCCUUCGUCCCAGCCACGCACACCGAACUCCUACCGAGACUCUGACAAUGUCACUCAUCACCGCUGGACGCCUGUGCGCUCGUAUCCUCGGGGCCAAGAACUCCCCUUGUGUUUUGAUUGCUGCCCGACAAGCCAGCUCUUCUACGAACCUAAAAGAUGUCCUGUCAGAUCUCAUUCCAAAAGAACAGACCAGAAUCAAGAACUUCAAACAACAAUAUGGGAAUACCGUCAUUGGCCAAAUCACAGUGGACAUGGUGUAUGGUGGCAUGAGGGGCAUGAAAGGAUUGGUGUAUGAAACAUCAGUUCUUGAUCCUGAUGAGGUGAGAAUGGGACCGCACUUUGCUUGGACUUUUCCUCUCUAUAGCUAUAUUUUCACCGUCGUCUCCUCUUCUCACAAUACAAUGCGGAGUCUCCUCGUCUCUUCUAUAGAGGUGAAGUCUGGGAUGAGAGCGGAGAGUCUCUGGAA